GGGCUAGAUGUUGGCGCGAGAACGCCCGUCGUUGUAUUCGCUUCUACAAGCAGUUUUCUACUACCAAUGUCACGGAAGUGCAUUCUUGCCUUUGCCGCAUCUUCUUUUCCGAGUUCAUCAAGUUGGUCUUGGUUUUUCGUACUGUCUUUCAAGUGAAACAAUUACACUAGAUGAAUGAAAUAAGCUGUAGCACCAUCUAUCACGAUGCGCGGCCCCACCUUCCUGGCCACUCUACAACUGCUUGCUACAUCGUGCAGCCCCGCUUCCGCUGCCGAGCCCGUCCACCCGCUGACCUUCAAGAACAGCUGCGCAAGCUCCCCCCUCAAGCUCUUCUUCGUUCCCGAGAACUACCCGAAGGAAAAGCCCGUCCCGAUCGAAACGAUUUUUCCCGGCGCCGUUGCCUCCCAGGACACCUUUGAAGGGCACAUCUUUCGCGUUACAACGAGAAGCACAGAUGAUGGGUGGAAGGAAGAGGAGGAGAAGCGGCCGACAAAAAUCAAGGACACUUUCCACGUCACGGUGAAGCAGGGUGCGAAAAGCGGCGCCGUGGUCUGUACCUGUGCCGGCGGUGGAGCUAGUACAACCAUCGAGGAGGUGGAGAAUCAAAGCGACAACGCCAUCCAUUGCGAUGUCGAUUGGGUGGACCGGCCGACGGAAGAGCAGUUUUUCGCUGGGGAAAAAUGGGAGAAAGCCGUGGGAGACUGGCGACGCGAGUGCCGGAGACAGCUUGCAAAAGACGACGCCGACCGCGCGCACUUCUGCGAUCGUAUGAACAGCCCGCGUGAUUAUAACCCGACCCGGUGCAGAUUCAAGUAUCCAGGAACGAUUUCCCUGUCAUCUGCCGACAGUGGCACCAGUGCGUCGUCUACUCUAGCGCCGUUCCUGACCACGAUUUGGCCCCCAGGGUUUAGUGCACCGGUUGCUCCUUCGCCGAUAGAAGGAGCUAGUAGAAGUGCUGCUGCAACAACAUCCUCUGUCAAUACAAUUUCGCAGCACAGUACCUAUUACAACCACACCGGCGGAACCGCGUUGACCGAUAUUUUGCUGAAUUUGGAGUACGAGAAAGAAUUGAAGAAAACACACGACGAGGACAUCCAGCAGAUGUGGAGGCAGACGCAAGAAUUUCGGAAAUUCACGCCCGAGGGCUUCGAGGUGCAAGACUUCCCGGACCCAGAAUUGUUGCAGGACAUCCGCGCGUUUUGGCAGCAAAACCGCAACAAACUCGCGAAACCCGAGAAAACCAGGUGGCUCGACGGGGCGAUCCCGGCGUGCAAAACGGACAUGUGGUAUGCAAUGUGAAUUUCCUUUUCCCGUACAUGUACAAAAUGCAUGACAAAUUUCGUUAACUUGCAGUGUCCAACUUGUCAUGCUAGACUAGGACUGAAGGCAAGUUUUGUUAUGCAGAGACUGCAUUUGUACGUGUGCGGGAAAUUUUCUGUGGACAUGUGGCUCGUGGAGCUCCGCCAGGACCUGAAGGACAGGCUGCAAAAGAUGAUGCAGUAUCAAGUGCAAAUUAAAUUUGCUGGGUCUGGAAACUUGUGAUGCAUGUCAAUGAUUAAAAAUAACCACACUGUAAUGCACCGGCAAGCAUGACAGAUUUCCUCGCGGCUCUGUGUUGCGUAUUCCGCAUGAUGAGAAACAUCCGAUGGCCCUGCGCAAUACAGAGUUCAGAGUCGUGCCAAACUAGCAUGAGAAGUCUCGCAGUCUUCCGGACCCAGGCAUAUUUGCAAUGCAUAUGCAGCCGGUGGUGGCAAAGUGGACGGGGUUCGAGGCGAGUGAACUAGAGAUGACGGCGUUGUACGGCAUCCGUAUGCAGUGCAAAAGUAUCGUACUCGUAUAAAUGCAUUACAAAUUUCCUCAGCAUGAGAAAUGUAAUGCUGACGUACCUCAGCGUCAGCCACAGGGAAAAGAUUUGUAAUGCAUGAUUGCAAUACGAGGACGAUGCUUUUGCAUUUCAUAACCCGACUGUACCGACAAAACUCCGAAAUGCGGAUGCACGGCGACCUAUCCUGUGCAAAAGCAUCGCACUCGUAUUGCAUUCAUGCAUAUACAAAUCUUUCUUUUCAAGGUAAAUCAGCAUUUGCAAAUUUUAUUUCCGACGCUGAUGAAACUUGUAAUUACAAAACAUGAACACACUUCUUCUAUCGUUCCAGUGGUGUGUUGUUCCAGUUGAGUUGUAAUGCUAAUGCAUUUGUACGAGUGCGAUACUUUUGCAGUUCAUACGACCGGCGCGACACGCACGCAAUCAGCGCCAUUGUGGAGGUGGGCCAUCUGGAGUUUGGGUUUCCGGACGAUCAGUAUCACGGCAUGGAGGAAACGUACGACCACAGCUGGCCGUUGCAGGUGGUGACGCACAGUGGGGAAACGAAGUACGUACCCAACAAGGCGGGGCAGAUCAUUCUGUACGAGUCGGCAACGUUACCGCACGGGCGGCCGACACCGUUUCCGGGCCGGGAAUUUGCCAACGUCUUCAUCCACUACCGGCCGAAGGGGUGGCCGGAAAAAUUUGAAGUCGGUGCGCGGCGGCCUGGAGGUGGUGAGAAGAACGCAAAGGCGGAGGAAUUGUGAAGGGAUGGUCUUUUGCACGAGUUCUUGAAGGCGACGAGUUAGUUUUUUCAGGCCGAGUUGUAAAAUCAAUCGCAAGACAGAGGUGACUACUACAGUGGAUCUGGACUUUUCGCCGAAUUCUUUGCUGAAGUGCUGGUCUUGAUGAUUCUUGUCUGCGUCACACAUGAAGAUUCCAAGAAGACAGCGAAGGAGGUUUAGUUUCCCUUGCGAAGAUCGGCUCGUUGUCGUUGUGGCUACAGCCGCACGGCGUUGCGUGGCCAAGAAAAGCACAACUGUCUCCAAUCAGAGCCAGCUUCUGCUGUAAAAAAGUG